AACAGAUUUACAAGGGCCCUGAUACUUCAUUCCGGUAUGCCAGCCUUCAGCUCAACUGUGAGUAUCGAUUUCGCGUGUGUGCCAUUCGCCAAUGCCAGGACCCUGUGGGGCACCAGGACCUGGUAGGUCCCUACAGCACCACAGUGUUCUUCAUCUCCCAGAGGACAGAGCCCCCGGCCAGCACCAACAGAGACACUGUGGAUGGCGCGCGGACCCAGCGCACUCUUAGUGACCAGCAGUGUGCCGCCGUCAUCAUGGUGUUGUUUGCUUUUUUUUCCAUUCUGAUUGCCUUUAUCAUUCAGUACUUUGUAAUCAAGUGAAAAUAUAACUUUAUUUUUAACACUGUAUUACAUUUUAUUUUGUCAUGUACUAAAAUUAUUUCUGUAUUUCUUUUACAAAAUGGUGGCAUUUAGCACUGGCAUUGAGACUAUAUAUUAAAACAUGGUUUUGGCCUUUUCAGUGCUUAUGUUGUUAGGCAAAAGCUGACACUUCGUGAGAGUUCAGCCACAGAAACAUCAGUCUGGGGAGGACUGGUUCUUUUAUUCUUGGGUUGGGGCUUCCCCACUUUUUUCUUUUUUUUUUUCUCUCCUCCCACCCCCACCCCACAUUGGAUAUGCCUUCUAGUAGAACAAACUUCCUAAAAGGCAGCAUUUAUGAUUGUUUUGACCAGUCAGCAUGAGUAAAAAUAGCCACAUCUAUUUGUUUUGAAGAUGAUUGAUUACCAUGUGAAAUUUUCAGAAUGAUUAGAAUUUACACUAACGUGCUCUACGAAACUUGUUCAAGUCUGAUGCUGUGAAAGCAAUCUAGUGCUAUAUUUCUACCUCCUCAUUUGUCUUAAUUGUUUGGUAAGUAGAAUUUUGAUGAAAACUGGAGGGCUUAGGAAACAGAAACUGGAUGAAGGAAUCUGAGGGAGAAAAAGAAGCUCCUGUUUGGUCAUUGUGGAGUUCUUCCGUACACAUACACAUGAAUUCACAAGUAAGUCUAAGAAAGCACAGACCCAGAAAUGUCAAUCUUUACUUGAACAGUACCUCUUUUUGGGAUUUGAGAACAGAGGACAUUUAAAUAAUAACUAAAUUUGAAGCCCUUAGCUUCUGUUUUCUGGGCCUUUAAACUGUGUGUUCGCGUGUGUGCAUGUGUGUGUGUGUGUGUGUGUGUGUGAGUGCAUACAUGUACAUAGGAGCUGUGUGCAAGACUGUCAGGUAAGGAGACGUGUCUGCGCUCACCACCUGGUCUAGGCUAGCUUUGAAGGACUCCCAGUGGCUUUGCAGCAUCUCCUAUAACUACUGCCGUUGCCAUCAGAAUUUCUAAUCAAACUCAACCUUUUUGUUUGGGGUACCAAAUCUGAAGACAAAAUUAAUUUGCACCAGUAAACUUCAAGCUGCUUUCUUUCUUUGAGAAACUAAUGUUUAAUGUAUAAUGUCUGUUUGGAUACUGUUCCAAAUUGUCGAUUGCAUGUGGGUACCGCUGCAUUAGAGCACUUUGCAAAUUGCACAGUUCAUUAAUGUUUUGUGAGCUUGCAUUUGUGAGUUGUUGGAUGGUCAGAUUGAAUUUUGUCAUAUCACAUUGUACAUCUCACCUCGAUAUCAAUGACUGCCAGUAAUAAUACAGUCUGCAAUGAAUUUAUAUGAAAAUUUUGUUUUAUCACAUCUGUUAUCUGUAGACAUCUGUAACUAGCUUCUUUAAUUUAUUAUUUUGAGUUUUAGAGUAUUGGGUCACUAAUUUUUAGUUGCUGAGGUCUGCAUUUUAGUGAUUACUAAGCACUCUGUCUGUCAAAAAGUAAUGUAUGUUUUGUGCUUUGAUGAACUUUGAAGAGUUUCCCUUAUAAUAGAAUGGGCAUGUAUUGUAAUUGUUUUAUGUCAAAUGAUCUGCGCUAUAGAAAAAAACAUUAACCUUUACUCGAAAAAGAAACAGAUAAACUUGGCCUCUCCAAGUGUAAGAAAACCCUGUCACUAUAAUAUACUGUAUGUUUACAUUUUAUUUAAUCUCUUACCAAUAGGGUGAUAACUUGUCCCCCAAACAACAGCGAUUACGAUUGUUUUCUAGAAACUUCUUAAAGUGCCACAUUUGGCAGUACAAAUGAGUCUGAGUGUAAGAGCCCAGAGAUUUCUAUAUAGUUGAAUGUCUAAAAUGGUAAAAUGUGCCACAUAGUGGCUUAUGUUUUUCAUAGUAAUUCAAAUGAACUCCUAUUUUUGAUAGUAAAUGUCAUUUAAUAGUGUACUUGCCAUUUGAACCUCACUGCAAUGUUAGUGCAGAGGAGAAAACAAUUUUUAAUGUAAUCUUGAUUUUACCUCAUAUAUUGUACAUUCCAAAAACUCAACUUUUUAAAGAUGAUAGAUACACUACCAAACAUAUCACCUUAAAAUUGUAUACAGUUGAGCUUCAUACAAGUGAAAAAAUAUAAUCUCAUAAUAUAUAAAGUAUGUAGCAAAGUAUCUGUAAAAUCCAUGAAAAAUAAAAGUUGUAUCAUUCUUUUUUGA